UGUUGCCACCUAAAUAAAUGAUAAGCUCCUUUGAAUCUAGAAAUAAGUAUAUAUCUGCAAAUUUUAUAAACAGAAACAUGGAGCUUUGUAGGUUUUUACUGUUGAUAGCUGUUCUCCCCUGCCUUGUUCUCGCUGAUACCCUGUUUUCCAGCGAUGACAGCAAGAAAGCAACAGGUGUCGAGACCCUCGAUGCUCUUCCAAGUUCUAACCACAGCCCCGCCAGACGAGGAAUCUUCAGCAAGUGCAACUUCUUGACCUGCAAGGGCAAAUGUUGCGGCUCCGAUUUCUGCUGCCCAUUUAGCGGUGCAAAGUGCUGUCCAGAUAACAAGUGCUGCCCUAAAGGAACGCAGUGCUGUCCAGUAGGCUGCUGCCCCAAGGGACAGGACUGUUGCGGAGGUGGUUGUUGCGCUGAUGGACAGAAAUGUUGCGGUAGCUGGUGCUGUAAAAAGAAGCAACAGUGUGGUAACACCCCUUACUCCUGUUACGGUUAAAAAGAAAAUAUUUUUGUCCUACAAGACAUCUUCCUGUUUCUGUUUGGUGUCUCUGUACAAAACCGGAUCGAAAAAAAACUUGAUGAAUUGUUGUAUAAAAGCAUUUAAAAAAUAAAAAAAUUGUUGAUCAA